AUGGCAUUGGACACGGUGCAAGACAUCUGGGUCGAGUACGAGGAGGCACGCCCGCUGGCGAGCAAGUAUUUGAACAAGUUCAGGCCGGCCUUCGUGGAGUCGGCCACUCGUGACGCGGAAGAGGCUAGCGCGCCUGUGCCGGCCCCGGUGGCGGCCGUUGCCACGUAG